AUGCAUCGGCCGUGGUACGCGAACGGGUUGCGCGGCCGCGAGGCUUAUUCCCCGGCUCGCGCGGCAUGGUCGUGCGCGUCACGGCGUGACGUGAUGGUGGCUUGUCCGACAGCGGGGCAAUGUUCCCGGGUCGUGAUUUGUGAUCGGCCGGUGAUUUCGAACUUUGGCCGAGACUUCAGAAAGACGGAUAUGACUUUGGCCGAGCGCGAAACAAUAGUUUCUCGGCAAGCCGGAUUGCGCGUGGUUAAGUUGAGGGAUCUUGUAUGGGAACGGAUCACAAGGAUUGGCACAACAAGAACGGAUCCAUGGUUUCUCAUUGGUGAUUUCAAUGAGAUUACGGGAAACCAUGAGAAACAAGGUGGACCAUUACGUCAAGCAUCCUCUUUUGUGUCUUUUAACUUGAUGAUUAGUGACUGUGGUUUUGUGGAUUUCCCUAGCCGCGGCAAUACACUAUCAUGGAGGGGUCGAAGGAGGGGGAAAAUAGUGAGAUGCAGACUGGAUAGAGCAUUAGCCACAGAGGAUUGGCAUGACCUGUUCCCGGUCUCUCACGUUCAGUAUCUACCUAUGAUUGGAUCUGAUCAUAGACCAAUCUUAGCUACCCUGGACUCAAAUAUAAUGAAGAGGCGGAAACAAUUUCGGUUCGACAAACGAUGGAUUGGUCUGGAGGGCCUUCUGGAGUCUAUUAAACGAGGAUGGGAUACCACUCGAGGAGAGGUGGAUCCGAGCUUGGUUGAUAGGAUUCAAAAUUGCCGCCAUGAGAUAUCUGGUGGAGGAAGGACAAACAACCCUACGGAAAACAGAAGAUAG